AUGGCUAUGAUGCCUAGUAGCAGUGCUGGGGGCAGCAGAACGGGUAGCCCGUUUGUGAUCGAGCGUGAUGAUGAAUCUUCAUUUUCAAAUGACCUUAUAGAUGCAGAUGAUGCCAUCGAAGCCGAUGACCCCCUCGCUUCUACCACCGACCGAACACCCCUCACAGGAAAUAUCUCUUCUUCCAAUAAUGACAGAGGCGAAUCCUCCAGAUCCGGCGGCGGGAUUAGUGGCUCCUACCUCACCUCUUCCAUUCCUGGCGAAGAUCGUCGUGCUCCAGUAAACACAAUCGAUGAAUCGGUAUGGGAUACGUUAUCGCGGGACAUGCUGGGCGUGUGGGAGAAAAUGAAACAAGUUCUCUGGCCAAAGUACCUGCUCGGCGGCAUGUUACAGCGUGGAGGGGGAGGUAUUGCCGGAGCCGCUGAGAGAGGAGAAUCAACGGGUUUCGGAAAUGGCUUUUCGGGAGUCAGGGAGCUGGUGGGAAGAUGGCCUGAUGCAGAUGUUGUGCUGCAAGGUGGGAUGAGCGAGGGUCUAAGGGAUUGGGAUCUUUGGGGUCCGUUGAUCUUUUGCUUGCUUCUGAUUCUUUUUUUCAGUCUGUGUGCCUGA